AUGGCAGUCAUUAGUAUAUCAUCUCAAGACCAGUUUACGGAGUUGACUACUACCAAGGCUGGUGACAAGCUCUUGGUAUUGUAUUUCUACACCAGUUGGGCUGAGCCAUGUGUUGCUGUUGGGAAAGUUGUGGAAGCGUUGAGCGAGGAACGUUGCAACAAGGACGUUGUGUUUUUGAGCAUUUCUGCUGAAGAACAUGUGGAAAUUUCGGAGCUUUUCGAGGUGUCCUCUGUGCCAUACUUCAUCUUCAUUAGAAGCGGAACGAUAUUGAAGGAAUUGUCUGGUGCUGACCCUAAGGAGUUUGUGAAGAUUUUGAAUCAACUUAACGCUGGCGACUCCGGUGCAAACACUAACACAGAAAAGGCAGACGGUGAUGCACCAGGCUCGCCACUGACUGGGAAUGACGACGAACCGGAGGAAGCUGAGGAAACCGAGGAGCAGUUGAACGAGAGACUAAAAAAAUUAACCCAGGCUGCUCCAGUGAUGCUAUUUAUGAAGGGCACUCCAUCCGAACCAAAGUGUGGCUUUUCUAGACAAAUGGUAGGAAUAUUAAGAGAGCACCAGAUUAGAUUUGGGUUUUUCGAUAUUUUGAAAGACGAAAACGUCAGACAAGGGCUAAAGAAAUUCUCGGAAUGGCCUACCUUCCCACAAUUGUACAUCAACGGGGAAUUCCAAGGUGGUCUAGAUAUUAUAAAGGAAUCGUUGGAAGAAGACCCAGAAUUCUUCCAACACACCCUCUCGAGCUAA